UUUUAACAAUCAGAUGGCAGCAGGCGCCGUGAAAACGGGAGUCCGCCAGCAAGGAGCGAGCAUGUCUCUCCACAGAUUGAUGGUCUAUUUGUCGUCAGCAUGCUUGUUUUGCUACAUGAUAGGAAUCACCCUCAUGAUCUGGGUUAUGCAUUUUAUUUCACCAAGUCUCACCAAGAAGCUAGUCCUCAAAAUGGGUGAAAAGAGCACCAUGACUCAGAACCCCAACUUUAAGUAUGAAGAUUGGGGUCUCACGUUUGGAUCUAUGAAUUUCAUAAAAGUCGCCUCUCACCACAUGUGGUUGUCUCUCGGACAAGAGGCGUUUGUGGGGGGAGAAGCUCCGGACACACCUGUAGUCACCAUGGAGGGGAAGAAAACAAGUAUCUGCAAGUACUUGAAAGACAACAGACCGCUGGUGCUGAGUUUCGGAAGUUGCACCUGACCCCCGUUUAUGUACAAACUUGAGGAGUUCAAGCAACUCGUCAAGGACUUCAGCGAUGUAGCUGACUUUCUGGUGAUCUACAUCGCAGAGGCACAUUCAACAGAUGGCUGGGCCUUUACCAACAACAUUGAUAUCAACCAGCACCAGAACCUGGAGGACAGGCUGUCUGCAGCACAGAUCUUGCUUCAAAAGGAGCCCCUGUGUCCGGUUGUUGUGGACGAAAUGAAUGAUGUCUCUACCAUAAAGUAUGGCGCUCUGCCUGAGAGGCUCUACGUGCUUCAGGCUGGGAAAGUUGUCUACAAGGGGGGCGUUGGGCCUUGGUCUUACGAUCCGAUGGAGGUGCGUUCUUUUCUGGAGAAGAUGAAAUAAGAAGGUUGUUUUUCCAAGUCAUAUUUUUGCCAUCUGACUUGGUCGUUAUGUGGAGGAGGGCUCUGUUUUGCAGCAGGGGGUGGGGGUGUCAACACCGUAACAAACAUGUAAUACUGAUAUAACACAAUACCAUCCUAGUUUUUUUUUUGUUUUAAUCACGACUCAGUUCAUCUUCAUGUAGUUCUGUAGCUGCUCUCUGGCAUCCCUUACAUCAACCAUUGCAUAAGUAGAAAUAUUAUAAGCCCUCCAAACUUGCACUAAUAUUUCUUCAAGGCUCUCCUGUGCUCCGAAAACACUGAAAACUGUCAAUCUCUGAGCUCGCCUCUCGGUGUUUCUUAAUGGCGGCUGCAGAUUAAACCGUUUGGCCUCUGUAGCCAGAAAAAGUGAGACCCGGAGAGAAAGCCCAGUCACGAGUUUGUGUUUGAGGUAUCACAUCACAUACAGGAGAUGUCACCUAAUAUGUUGUCUUAAUUCCAGAAGACUUUAAGUCAAUGAACGCACUUGUUUUCCACUUCUUUUGCAGGUUCAGUUAUUUAGUCAGCAUUGUAAAGUGUAUUAACUACACUAUAAAUGCUCCAGGGUGAUUUCACCGCAGGCUGCUUUUUAUAUGAUGAUUACAGUGUAAACCAAACCUCUGGUAACUGUACUCUGAUGAAGGAUUCCCUGAAAGUUAGCCUUCUCUGAAUCAUUCAGGAGCAUUUAUGAUGAAAUCAUCUUCUUACAGAGUCUGCAUUUCCUUUGAAUGUUCUUAUGUCAUAAUAGAAAUUGUUUCUUUUGCAUUAAUAAAGAAUAACCUGGUAAAGCUGCGGCAUCAAGUUA